CGUCGUGGGCGAUCAUCUCCACCACGCCGCCGCCACCGUCGACGGGCAAACGGAAACGGGGGAACGACGUGGAUGGACCCGCUGUGCAGCCGCGGCCGACGGUUGGGAUGGCUGUUGCGGGGGAUGGGACCGCUGUGUAUAUUUUUGGGGGGAUGAAGGUGGUUGAGGGGAGGUUGGCGUUUGUCAAUACGCUGUCAAAGUACGACCCGGAAACACAGCUCUUCUCCGAACUCCCCACUACGGGCGUCAACAUACCCUAUCCGCGCAUAAACGCCACCCUCACCUACAUCCCGGCACACCCGCAAACAGCAUCCGAGCCCUGUCUGUUCCUCUUUGGCGGGUUCGCGUACCCGAACACAUACCUGAACGACGCGUAUAUCUUCAGCCUGCAUUCGAGAGUUUGGAGGCGGCUGGAGGUGACAGGGAAGGCGCCGGACGCGAGGGAACAUCAUACGACGGUGUUUUGGGCGAGUGCGGACGGGAAACGGAGGUGGUUGGUUGUUUACGGGGGAAUGACUGUGGACGCGGCGGGGCCGGAUCGCCCGAAGCGGUUAGGGGAUGUUGCUGUUUUGGAUAUAGAUUCGGCGACGUGGAUCUAUCCUGAAAUCGGCGGCACCAUCCCACCAGGCCGCUCGAAACAUUCGGCGGUUGUUUGUGGGGAUAGGAUGGUCGUGUAUGGAGGACAGGAGCAGCAGUCUGUACCUAACGGGGUAAUGCAACGUCCUUCCGAUGUGCAUAUCCUCGAUUUAGAUAAGCUUUGUUGGGAGGCCCUGCAGCCAGUAGGAGACGAUAGCCCAUCUGCGCCACCACGCGCAGACCACGGUGCGGCACUGAUCGGCAACAGACUCUACAUCACCAGCGGGAUCGCCCCAACCCAGGGCUGGGACGGAACCCCCUCUCGAUCCCCACAGCUGUUAGACGACAUGUGGCAUCUGGAACUCGGACCGCCCGCAUCACCGGGCCCGUUAUACAUCGACCGCCAGACACAACCCCGUCACGCGUUAUGCAUAACCUGGGGCGGGACCACCACCACUCCGGGUACGACAUACACGGUAUCGAUCAGACGGAGGACGCAGGAAAUGGAUGAGUGGAAUGUGGUGUACGAGGGUGCUGAGCGGCGAUGUGUUGUUGAAGGGGUGCAUAGCGGGGAUGGAUCAAAGUGGGAGGUUGGGCCGGAGGAGGAGUAUGGGGUGCGGGUGGAGGCGAAAGUGUGGCCCGCGACGGGGUAUGAAUCGAAGGCGGUGGUGGAGGGUGUUGCGUAUGUAUGUUUAGGAGGUAAGGGUCGAUGUCUACGUCUGUCAAAUCACUUAUGGCCCGGUGAGCGCUUACCCUAUUUGUCUUCUUGCAAUUGACAGAACGGCCACACCCACCACAGAAGGUUUGUCUGACGAAACGGAGCUGGCCCUCUGAUACACCCCCGACUACUAUAGCUGCACUACCGAUUUAUACCCCCGCCCGAUCAUUCUUCAGCGACGCGCCGAACGUGCUGGUGACAUGGGCCGAUGCGCUCCCGGACCUCACUUAUAAAAUCCAGGCAACAUGCCGCUUAUCCACCGCGCCCCCAACGGCCGAAAAAGCAAAUGGAAAUGCAGACGGAAACG